AUGGAUUUUCAAGGUUGGGAUCCCGGGGAUCAAAGGGUUACAAGGAGCAAUUGGAGGUUUUCAAGCGAUAAUCGGUGGGCAGAUUCUCAUUAUUAUGAUGGUUACAAUGGUGGAUGGAAGCAAAAGGAAGGUCGCGCUCAGACAGAUCUUUGUGAUCUUCAAGGGAAUCUUCGGGGAAUAGGAAAGUCAAUAUUGGCAAAGCGAGGAGAAUCGGAGAGAUCUCCAAUCUCCAACCAAUCUCGAGAGUUAUCUUCUCACAUCCUUCAAUCGAGAGAUCUCUCUGCUCUUUCAAGAGUUAAUUCUCAGUGGCUUACUUAUAUGUCGUACAAUAUAUAUGGGCAUAUGGCUUACCUACGUCCUGUUACACUGGUUUUUACUGGAGACUUUGGUGUCUACAAUAAACCAAGUGAAGAUCAAGGUAGGAUGGGGGAAAACGAAACGAGGAAGAUGGUAUAAGAGCAAUUGUCGGCUCUUUACAGUGAGUUGGGACAAUGGCCUUAGUUGGAAUUAUGGAACCAGACGGUGUGGUGUCGCUUUGAACAUGUAUGCGGGAAACGUUUACUUAUCUUUCGUGACAAGAAAGGGUCAUAUUGAGAACUCCACAUGUAAGGGUGAGUAUGAGGUUGUGGUCAAAUUCUAUUGGACGUCGUAUAUUUGGAUAAUGGUUAUCAUGAAGAAAAUGGUAUUAAGGGACUACUCACGAAUUAUUGGAAACCAGAUAUAUAAAUUUGAUUUGGGGUUAAGCCAAAGAGGUCCUUGGAAUGUAAGGCUCAAUAGUGUAGACUCAUGUGUAUUUAUAUUUUUAUAUUCAAAUUGUAUGAAAGGGGAGGAGUUCCGAGGUUA